AUGGGAGCUGUUGACGCCGAUCUGUACUUCACUCUUCCCUCACACCGUCGCGCGCGCAAAAGCCUCCCUCCCGAUCCCCCUCAUCUGCAUGGCAUACAAUUACUAUCGGCAAAAUACGCCGGAUUGGGGCACAAGUCAGCUCCAGUUUGGCAGGCCGCCUGCCCCCGCCUUUCAGCCUCAGCCGAACUGUGAGUUCCGCUUGCACUCCCUUGUCUUCCCUGAACCAACGGAUCUCCGAAGGGGGUGGGAUGGACUACUACAAGGCGCAUGCGGUGAACCCCGAAACGUGCGUGCUCAUGUUUCGCACGGUCUGUGCCCUUGGAGUGACGACUGGGCCACAGAUCUAUGUAUGAUCACGCCUGGGGCCGCGUCCGAUCGCAUGCUGGCUCUGCUCUCGAGCUCGGAGUGGGCAAGCAUGAAGCCCGGCACUGGCAUCGCCGUGCUUACGGGGGGCUGGGUGAGUUGGACCAGAUGCUCCCGUCUGAUAUCGGUCACGCGGCUGCGUACGAAGCCUAUCGGACAUGGACCCAUAACAGUUCGCUGUAUGAACCUCUCAGCAGUGAGAUCGAGAGACAGAGAGAAGGUUUAGUUGGGCUAGCGGUUGCAGAGGCGUCACGCCUUCUGCAAUUUUCUAACCGUGCCUGGGACGCAUAUGCUCGCCGGGAUGCGUCUGAUGCGGCCGCAGCCACUGCAUCUAUCCUGUUCUAUCACUCUCGUGAGAGAGAAGAGGGGGACUAUCACCGCUCUCGUUCUCGGCACCGUAGUGGGUCCUUCUCGGGCUCAUAUGACCCGGACGAAGAUUCGUAUGGGAACGAUUAUCGGUACCCUCGACACAGGUCUCACUCUCACCACCGGUCGAUCUCUCGAUCGCACUCGCCGGUAAUGUCACAAGCUGGUUCCGUGACCGGCUCGAUGGGCGGUGCUCCGAUGUUGGGCGGCCAUUUGACGGCUGCCUCCAUGACAGGCUCUGCCCCCAUCUCGAUUCCGCCACAAGCUGGCUCUGCAGCGUAUGGCGCAUAUGGAAAUAGCUCGCCAUACUCAACGACCGCGACGAUGCCCAUGCAAAUCCAUGGACAAAACUCGUCGUACGGUGUCCCAUAUGCGUCAAGCCAGCAGCCCUACGGCGGCCAGAUGCAGGCCGGGUCUUACGGCGGGAUGUCCUACACCCAGCCUAUGAGCCAACCCUAUGGCGGAGCCCCGGUGGUCAUCCAGACGGGUUCGAGUUCGCAUCAUCACCGGCCCCGCAGCUAUUCGACGUCCGGGUACCAAGUGGCCUAUCCUCAGACGGCUGCCCCGCAGGUCCAAUACAUGCAGCCAGGCUACGGGGGCCAGCUUCAGCCUCAAGCCAUCAUCAUUGGCUCAGGACACCGGAAGCACCGUCACCACAAGAAGAGCAAACGCUCCAAGAGUAUCGAUUAUCCGCGCUACAGCUGAUGAACGAUAAUCAAUACGCUAAUAUCUUCCAACAAUGUAAUUGUACGCAAUAUCUUGUAUGAGUCUUAGAAUCUAGUAAUCUUCUGUGUCGAUCUGAGGGCUGGCUUGAGCAAUCGCGAGACGAUCUGAUCUAAUC